AUGGCGGUUGAGCUGAGGCUUCUUGGUGGUUGCAAAAUCUCGGCGUGGGCCAACCCUUUCGAAGAAGCCAAGCCCCACGUAUCAGAAUGGACGGCCAAGGAGAUUGCCACAAUCUCGUCUCGGCUUGAUAAACAGCUGGGACCCGAAUACAUCUCGUCACGCGCUGGCCCUGGCGGUACCCGGGUCCAUUAUCUCACUGCCGAAAAGGUGAUUGGCCUUGCCAACGAAGUUUUUGGCUUCAACGGAUGGUCGUCUUCGAUACAAAAUAUCCAAGUCGAUUUUGCCGACGAAAAUCCCCAGACACAACGCGUGAGCAUCGGAUUAUCCGUCAUCGUUCGGGUCACUCUCCGAAAUGGCACCUACCACGAGGACGUUGGUUACGGCUCCAUAGAGAACGCAAAGGGGAAAGCAAUGGCCUUUGAAAAGGCAAAAAAGGAGGGAACGACGGAUGCUUUGAAACGGACGCUGAGGAACUUCGGCAAUGUGUUGGGCAACUGCAUUUACGACCAAGACUACGUUAAGCAGGUUACCAAGAUCAAGACUCAGCCAAACAAGAAGUUUGAUCCGGAUAACCUUCAUCGACAUUCGGAUUUUGUGAAAAGGGAGCCUACAAAGGACAUAACCAUGAAUAAUGCGAACAACAACGGGGCCAAGAGUGGUGCUCCUGCCGCCGCCACUACUGCUCCCACCUCCGCUGCUACAGGAUUCAAACCAGAGCCCAUGGACUCGUUUGAUGACUUCUUAGGGGGUAUGCUGUCCUCAGACGAACUUGACGAGGCGGACUUUUGCGUACCAGGGGAAGGCCACCCAGAUGAGAUUGUACUUCCCAGCGCUGCCAACCCAUCCCACGACAAGCCGGCUGGACAAACGGCAAAGCCUAUACUAGGAAACAACAUGAAUCGCCCGCCGCAGCCGCAACCGUAUACUCCAAGACAAGGACAGCCGCAACGACCGCAGAAUGCCCCUCAGAAUGCCCCGCAAGCCAAAGAUUCUCCAAUGGCACCUCCUCAGCAGCCACCUCCAGGGGAACCAGUGGCAUUCUUCUCGGCGAGAGCUACACUUGAUCCAAACCAAUCCAACGGCAACCAACAUCAACAAAAGCAACUCUUCAAUCCCAAAGCUGAAAGCCCUUCUAUACGAAAAACACCUGGAAUCGAUCACACAUCGUCUAAGCCCGUGGCGAGAAACGGCCAGCAUGUCCCUCCGGCUAAUAGCCAGGCGCAGUCUGCGACGCCAAGUGGUAACACAGGAGGCUUUACGUCACUGCGGCAAUCAAUCAGCAGCUCUCAAGCCAAGACCGGUGCAAUGAACACAUCACUAGACCAAGCGCGCAGACUAGGGGCGCCGGGUGGUCCAGGCAGUCCUCUUGCAAAUCGAGGUCAAUAUAAGCCUCCGACGAUGAAGCGAACUCUCCCAGCUGAAGGAAAUGGAACUAAUGGAGCAAGAUCUCCGUUGGUUGAUAUCCCGACGAAUGCAACGAAUGCUAAUGACGGAGACGGCUUGGAUGCGAAGAGACAAAAGGUGGCAUAG